CGGAGCAUGUGUGAGCCACAGAGGUUGCCGCUUGCCUGGGAGCUGAAGGGUGCCUGCCUCUCUCGGGCGGGACGGUGAAGUCCGCGGCUGAAGGAUUGCAGCAGAGGAGAAGGGGCUGCCCUGAGGGUUUGGAGGGCCCAGAUUUCGGGGGGAGGGGGGACGUCCCGGCCGCGAGGAGUAUGGCAUCGCUGGCUGACCGAGUGCGGGGCAAUGGGCGCAUCGCCGCCGGGCUCCUGCUCAACCUGCUGGUGUCCAUCUGCAUCGUGUUUCUCAACAAAUGGAUCUAUGUGCACCACGGCUUCCCCAACAUGAGCCUCACGCUGGUGCACUUCGUGGUCACCUGGCUAGGCUUGUUUAUCUGCCAGAAACUGGACAUAUUUGCCCCCAAAAGUCUGCCGCCUUCCAGACUCCUCCUCCUGGCUCUCAGCUUCUGUGGCUUCGUGGUCUUCACCAACCUCUCCCUGCAGAACAACACCAUAGGCACCUAUCAGCUGGCCAAGGCCAUGACCACGCCGGUGAUCAUAGUCAUCCAGACGCUCUGUUACAAGAAAACCUUCUCCACCAAAAUACAACUCACGCUGUGGGUAGGAGCCAAACAGCAUGAAUUGCAAGUCAAUUCCAUGCAGCUGCUGUAUUACCAGGCGCCCAUGUCUUCUGCCAUGUUGCUGAUCGCUGUACCCUUCUUUGAGCCAAUGUUUGGAGAAGGAGGGUUAUUUGGUCCUUGGUCAGUUUCUGCUUUGCUUAUGGUGCUGCUGUCUGGAGUAAUAGCUUUCAUGGUGAACUUAUCAAUUUAUUGGAUCAUUGGGAAUACUUCACCAGUCACCUACAACAUGUUUGGACACUUCAAGUUCUGCAUCACCUUAUUUGGAGGAUAUGUUUUAUUUAAGGAUCCUUUGUCCGUUAAUCAAGGGCUUGGCAUGUUAUGUACAUUAUUUGGUAUCCUUGCCUAUACUCAUUUUAAGCUUGGUGAACAGGAAGGAAACAAGAGUAAGCUGGUACAACGUCCUUAAUUGAGUUUUUGUGGAGAAAAGAGAGUCGCCCCAAGAAGACAAAAUAAUGCUGUAUAAGUUAUUUUCAAAGAAGGAAAACAAAUGAUAAAGCAAAAUUCAUGGUGGUGUGCAAGAAGUAAUACAAAAGAAAUGUUACUCGUAAAUAUGACUUUCUCUUUUUGAACACCCUUUUUCUCUCAAAAUUUAAUUAUCACUCAUCUUUUCUGCAAAGAUGAUUGUAUGAAAUACAGAGGAUGGUUUGGUUAUACUGAAUGAAGUUCUAUAAUGACAAAGGAAUUCAAAUUACAUACUACAGCUGUUUUGUGGCUUCAGUAUGCAUCUGCCUCUGUGUGAAGGGCACCUCUUGCUCCUAGAUCAGCCCCAGUGUGAGCUCUGUUACCAUUUCAGACAUAGUGUUCAAGUCAGAAUUUAACUCUAGGACUCCUAAUUUAGUUGGGUUAGUGUAACUUCCUGCUUAACUUCAUUAUAGAAAUAGUUGUCAUAUAUAAAAAGCUAAGUAAUUGUAAAGAAGAUGAUCUUAAGACAAAGUCCAACUCUAAAAGUACUAUUUUUCUAGGAGAAAUCUGAUAGGUCAUACAUUAUCCAAAAAAAAAAAAAAAACAGCCUACACUUUCUACAAAUAUUCUCUUGUUUUUGAAUUUUCAGUGAAUUCUAGAAACUAAAUGUGGAAUUAGAAAAAAAGCAGUUCCGGGGCCUCCCUGGUGGCACAGGAGUCAAAGACAGCACUACCAAGCUACACGCAGCCACUGCAGCAGAUGUUCCACUCCCCACACUCACCCCUACCUGCCAGGGAGCUAACCCACAUGAUGCAGCGGACCUCUCCUCAACAGUGUUUCAGUACAUCUGCCCGUUCUGUU